AUGGCGGCCUCACAUAAUGGCAAGUACUACGCUAAGAAAAUAAGAUUAUCCGACAGCAAGGGCUCCAAAACCCUUACUGAACUUUUUAAACCCAAAACACCAACACAGACGGCAUUAUCAGAACCAAUAGUACAUGCCAGUUCACUUCCGAUUGUCGAGACAAAGCCUGCUAGGUCGGUAUCUCCGCCACCUUCAGUCGCCGAGCCGGACACCGACAUAGCCAUAGGUCGACUUCAAGGAAAACCAAAAUCCGAUCGACGCCUUUUCAACAUCUAUACCUCGAAGCCUAGUGACAAUCUUAGCCCAUUUACGGAAAAGGGGGCAACAUUAGGAGAACACCCAACAGAGAGACUGAUGAAGCAUGAGAAAAGUGCCGCCCAUGAAAAAGCUACAAAAGUGCAGACGGAAACGAGGGUGAAAGUAAUUUCAGAUAAAAAAUAUAUUGUAACUCUUCUGCAAAAUCAGAAAACACAAGCUGAAACAAAGAAAAGAGAGUUAAAUCGAUCUGUCAUCGGCAAAUUAUUUGAGUGUCUUUAUUUUAUUACAAGGAGGAAGUGGGCCCAAGCCCAGUAUGAAAACUUUGUAAGAUUUGUUGCCAGAUUGGGCGUUGAACAACUGCAAACCCACUUAGAAAUUUCCCCAACAUAUGCCACUUACAUUUCAUCAACUACAGCAACAAAAAUGAUCAAUAUCCUAGGCGAGUAUCUAGAAAGAAAAGUGUUGUCCUCCAUUCAAGACGCACCUUGCUACGCCUUGUUGGCCGAUGAAAGUACAGAUGAGUCCAACAAAACCCAGAUGGCAAUAUUCUGCAGGUGGCAGGGUAAAGGUUUGCCUACAGAAGAUGCUUCAUUCAGAGAUCACUAUAUUGGUAUUAUUGAACUUAAAAAGACCGACAGCAGCACUCUGAUGGACAGCAUCAGAAUAUUUCUGAAUGGGAAAGGAAUUGAGAUUCAAAAGUGUCUGUACACAGCAUUUGAUGGAACUAAUUCCAUGAGUGGAUGCAGAACAGGUUUACAAAAGAGAUUCAGACAUCACUCGCCACAUGCAUUGUACAUCAAUUGCAGAAACCACAGACUGGCCCUUUGUAUCAAACACUUGAUGAAAACAUUUCCCAGUCUCAUUGAUGUUGAUGAAGCACUCCUAUGUAUUUGGAAACUUUUCAAGUUCUCCCCACAGAGAUUUGCUGUCUUUCAAGAGGUCCAAGCUGCAUAUGGACAGGAGAAACUGAUCGUCAACAGGGCAGCAACUAUAAGAUGGUUAUCACACUGGAAAGCUUGCAUUAGAUUCAUCGACAGAUACGAACCCAUACUGGAUGCACUGGAUGCACUGGAUGCGAUAUAUGAAGCACGAAAGGAACCAGAAGUGGCAGGACUUCGAAUGUGUGUCACACAAAAGAAGCUGGUUGGAAUGAUAUGUGGUCUCUGCGACAUCUUGAAACCACUAAAUACUUUGUCAUUGUACCUGCAAGUGAAGAGAGCUGUUACAGAACUGCAAGCACUUAGAGAUUUAUUUCUUGACAACCCUGCGAACCAACCAGAUCUGUAUGUGAACAAGCUGCAGGACAUUCUAGAUAUCAUAGAUGACAGGACUCUCCUCCAGCUUCGUCUGAGACGACAUGUUCAGGACCUCAAUACUCAAGAUUUCUUGAGAGAGACAUUAGUUCCACUUAUUGAUGGACUGGUUGUUGAGCUACUUGAUGCCUUUCAUUUGCACCCAGUUUUUGAUGCAUUCAGGAUGAGCUUCAGUGUUUCCAUGAUGCCCUUAGAAGGACAGGCACUUGAGUUGCAGGACCACGGAAAGGGUGGUAUCGACAGAAUAGCAGAUCAUUAUAGCCAGCCAGGUCGAGAUGUGUUUGACGGAGAUGUUAGUGUGUGUCCUCCUGUGGUUGACCCUCCGAAUAUGAAAGCAGAGUAUACUGGCUUCAAACAACAAUUGAAGAUUCUCAAAAGAUCUGGAGUUCAUAUCACAGAUAUGUCCAUGAAGGAAGUCUUCAAUCUUUUGGAGGAGGAUGCUUUUCUGAAAGGAGCGUAUCCUGAAUUAUACAAACUUUUGUAUAUGGUAAAUUGUAUCCCGGCAUCCACUGCAUCUGUGGAGAGGGCCUUCAGUGUGUUGAGACUCAUUAAAAACAAGCACAGGAACCGUCUUACCCAGACAACACUUGAUUCUUUGAUGAAAAUUAACUUUGAGGGACCAGAACACUUGUCCGCAGAGGACCUCGGAUCUCUGAUCCUCUUGUUCAAAAACAAAAAAGACAGACAGAUACCCUUGUGA